AUGGCGGAGGGGGAGGCCGAGGGGAGAAGCCCCCUCCUCCCCCGCAGCGUCUCCUUCAAGCGCCUGGAGCGCCCGCCGGGCCUCGACGACGCCGCGCCGCCCCCCAGCGCCGGCGCGCCCCCAGCCGAGCCCGUCGGGCGGCGAGCGCCCGGCCGCGCCGCCUCGUUCAGCGUCUCCCGCGGCGUGGCCAAGCUCGCCGCCUCCUCCUCCUCCUCUCCUCCGGAUCUUGCUCCGCCGUCGACGGGCGCCAGCGCCAGCCGAGCCGGGCGCAGCCACUCGCCCUCGGUGCGCCAGCUCUCGCAGCGCUUUGGCGCGCCCCCUAGCCGGCGCGCCCCAGAAGCGACGGCGGCCCCCUGCGGCGGAGCGGCAGCCCGGGAGCCUCCCGACGGCGCGGGCGGAGAGCCGCCCCCGCGGGGCUGCGCCAAAGCGCCCGGCGAGCCGCCCAAAACCGGCGAGGCGCCCUCCGACUGGCCGCGCGUCACCGAGAUGCGCAAACUUUUCGGCGAGGGUUUCCUCCGACGGCACCAGCAGCACGACGCCGGGGACUCCGCCGGCCCCGCGCGCCUCCCCGGCCCCGACGCCAAGCCCGAGAGCUGCAAGAGCCCGCCGCCCCCGCCGCCCCGCAGCUGCAUCCCCUUCAGGACGCACCGGCUGCCCGUCGCUGCCCCCCGAGCCGAGCCGGAGAGGCAGCCGCCGCUGCAACUUUGGGAUAGUUUACAUUCCUGGCAUAGCUCUCCCAAGCCUCCAGCCCCCUGGCCCUCCUCUGCCGCUUCUUCUGCCGGCUGCAGCCUGGGGCCUCCGGAGAGCUCAGGCAGCCGGGAAACCCUGCCCGGGCUCCGGUCGCCCUGCCCGGAGAGGUCUUCGUGGAGCGAGGAAGAGGAGGGCCGCCUGGCUUCGCCCCGGAAAAGCUCCCUCCCCAAGACAAAGGAGGAGCGGGGAGGUUUGGAACACGGCUCCGGCGGAGAUGGGCUAGCCGGGAUGGAGUGGCACCGCAAGGCGCAAGAGGACCUCUCCGGCGACCUCGCCUUGCUGGCUGAGCCGAGGACUAGGCCGUUCUUUGAGGCCAAGAGGGUGGCAGCGGACACCACGCCGGGUGUCGCCUCACCUGCCGAAGCCGGGCUGGGAAGUGGCGUCGAGGGGCAUCGGCAGUUGGCCCGGGGCCUUUCGGAAGGUGCCGGCGUCCCUCCCGCGCCCCUGUCCUCCGCUUCUCCCCUCCCUCUCGUCUCCAGGGUUUCCAAAGUCAACAUCCCCCCUUUCGUGCCCAGCCCGUGUGGCUCCAGGAGCAGCAGCAGGUAUUCCAGCACCGAGACGCUGAAAGAUGAAGACCACUUCGGGGCCUCCUGGACUGGCCAAAGCAGGAGCUUCCAGGGGGUCUUCCGGUCCCCCAGCUUCAGCCAAAGCGAGAGCCUCGCCAGGUUACAGUCCCAGGUCCGGGCCCGUCCAAAGCUGCCGUCGGGGUUCGUCAGGACGAAACCCGACCUCCCGGGGUAUGAGCCCCUGCUUCGGUGUGCUGGUGAGCCUGCGGAGAAGCCCAGACAUAUGAAGUCCAUGUCCAACCCUGACAUUGCAACCGAGACUUUGACCCUCCUCAGCUUCUUGAAAUCGGACCUGUCAGAGCUGAAGGCGAGGAAGAAGAACGGCCGGUUGAGCGACCAAGAGGGGGUGGCUUUGAGCGGGGACCACGGCCAGCGUGAAAACAGCCACACAGCCGCGGCUGGGCACCAGCUGGUGGGCAGAGCCCAAAGUGAGGGCCAGCCGCCCGCACGCUGGGCUCUAGGCAACCGGCCCACUCUGAAAGAUCUCACGGCGACUCUGCGGCGGGCCAAAUCUUUUACCUACUCGGAUAAACCUCCUCCUCGCAGGCUCUUUUACCAGAGUACCAUGAAGCAAAGCUCCUCUGAACUCCUGCUGGCCACAGGCAGGGACCACGAAGGUGCAUUUUCUGACGGCGAGAUUGGCCGGGACGUGGACGAUGGGAUGCCAGUGGUCAUCCAGGACCAGUACAUCCAAGAAGCGAGGCAGGUCUUUGAGAAAAUAAGUAGGAUCGGUUCCCAGAAUGACUAUAACUUUGGACUGUUGGACCAAAAGGAGAGUGGGAACUCGAAAGGUGAAGGAGAGGACGAGAAGCCUUUGGGAAGGCCAGAAGGUGAACGGCGCUUGGGAAAAGCCGAUUCGGAUGGGGACGGCCUGCGCAGGAAAUCCUCGGAAGAACUCUCAGGUCGUGAGUCCAGCAUGGCGGAUGAAGGCAUCGUAACCGAGCUAGAGACGUGUCCUGCCUACAGGUAUCUCGAUCCACCGGUUGCAGCGUGGUCAGUGAACCAAAGAGAGAAUGAAGCUGGCUUGGCAGAGUUGAAGGGGGUGCGUCUUUCGAGUCAUUUGUCCAAAACACAGCAAGAGAAGGCUAUGGUUGUCGACGAGGCCCUUCCCAAGGUGGUAUCUCAAGGGCUAUCCGAGGCACCGUCAACACCUGGUGCCUUGCGGCGCCGAAGGAAAUUCCCAUCUGUCGGCAGCGGCGGCUCCGAGUCCAGUAAUGGGAGCAACGGGGAAUCCAAUGGGGAGACUUAUAGAUCCUUGAGUGACCCCAUGCCCCACAGAAGGCACUCGAUCACAGAGGAUUCCAAGAAUUUUUCAGUCGAUAGUAACCUCUUGGGGUCUCUGAAUUCCAAGUCGGGCCUCCCGGAGUAUUCAGCCGUCGCCUUGUCGGAAUGCACCGGAAGUGCUGCCAGCGACCUGUCCGUCUGCAGCGACAGUGUUAAGGAUUAUAGUACGGUGAUCCAGAAUAUCGUCAGCCAGCCCGGGGCCAUGGACAAAGUGAUCGACGAGAAGGGGAACGGGAAGACCAUCAAAAAGAAAUCCUUCAGCGACCCCAGCCGCCGGAGUGAGUUAGCCAGCCCGGGGUUCGACGGCCCCGGAGAACCCAUCAGCGAGAUGGACCAGGUCAUCCCCCCGUCCAUCAGCGAACCCAUCCUCUCGGAACGAGAGCAGACGAUGGGCAAGGACCAGGAGGUGAGGAAGCUCUACUCUCAGUCUGAACAUCUCCUGACGACCCCGCUGGAGGAUGACGUGGUGGAAGUGGCCCAGAGCUAUGGCUUCGAUCCCAAGCUGGUGGAAGUCCUGUCCCCCCGGAUUGUCCGACGUAGUUCCAAGAAGCGCAGCAACCGAGUCAACGGCCAUGAGAACCAAAAAGACGAGGCCACCCCAUCCACGACUGUUGCCGCUUUAGGGACCCAAAGGCCGGCCACCAAGCAUGUCCGCCAUACCAGCGAGCCUGCCACCUUUAUCCCUAUCUCGGAGGUCAACCUCCCCGCUUCUCUGAACCUGAAUGCCGAUGUUGCUGUGCCAGAAUCCUCUCGUCCACCUGCUAAACCCUACCCGGUUCUCCAAGCGCCGUCGCUGGAGGACGUCACCAAGCACUAUAUGUUGGCUCUUCACUCGGGGGAAGCGUCCCCCACUAACGUUGUGGAUAUGCCCAGAUCUUCGCCCGCCACACCAACCACCUCGGAGCCCAGGCUGCCCAGAUGCCCAAAGCACCACGAAGAGCCGAGCGCCAGGACCAAGCCUCAAGUG